UUUAGGGGAGAAGCAGCAGCAGCAGGAUCCCAUCCUGAGCGCGAAAUGAACGGAUCACAGCUCAAUGAGCUUCCGGAUGACUCCGAGCAGCUGAGGCCGUACGUGGUGAGCCUGAGGCGGGCAGCAGAGGAGGCCGAUGACCGGUCCUCUGUGGGAAGCUUCUCCGACUGCUUCCUCAUCAGGUUCCUGCGCGCCAGGGACUUCGACCUGCAGCUCUCCCUCAAGCUGUUGCUGAACUACCUGCAGUGGAGGAGAGUGAGUCCAGAGAUCAGCACAUGCCUGUGUCCUUUAUCAGUGUCUGGCCUCCUUAAAGCAUCCUACCAUGCUGUUCUCCCACACCGGGAUCCUGCUGGAAGCAGGGUACUCAUCUACAGAAUUGGGCAAUGGAACCCAAAAGACUGGUCAGCCUUCCAGGUGUUCAGAGUCAGUCUGAUGACAUCGGAAAUCAUUUCCAGGGAGACAGAAACACAGAGGCGAGGUAUAAAGGUGAUAUUUGACCUGAAAGGGUGGAGUCUAGGCCAUGCCUUGCAGAUAAACCCCUCCCUCGCCAGAAAGAUAUCCUCUGUGCUUUCGGACUCCUUUCCUCUAAAGGUGAGAGGCAUUCAUCUGGUCAAUGAACCAAUGUUCUUCCGUCCAGUCUUUGCUAUGAUUCGUCCCUUUCUGGCAGAUAAGAUCAAGCAGAGGGUCCAUAUGCAUGGCACAGACUUCCACCACACUUUAAGUGACUUCUUCUCACCAGACGUCUUACCUCCAGAGUAUGGAGGAAGAGGCUUGGAAAUUGAAGAAGUCUGUCAGGCUUGGACCGAGGAACUGCUUCAAUCUGAAAACCUCCUAAAACAAAUUGCUUCUCACCCAACUGGAGACACGUCAUUGAUCUCAGAAGAGAAUGAGACAAAGAAACACACCAAUAUAUGAAGUUUUGGAUGAUGUUACCAGCUUUAAGCUUGAACAUGACUGCUUAUCAUACAUGACUAAAGUCUUUACUGCUUUUAUACCUUUCAACACAAUCAGCCAUAAUGAUUAAAGUGAAGUUUACCUUUAAGCUAAAAGCCCUUCAUGUUACAUUUAAUGUUCAAAUUUCGGGCAAGAGGAUGAAGUUGCAACAACGUCAUUUAUAUGCAGACAGUGGCUUAACAUCAAGAUGAAGAUAUUGAUGUUAUGAUCAUGUGUUGCCGUGAUCUGGAAUCUGGAAAGAAAGGCCCCUUCCACCACCAGGGUAGGUGUUUCUGUAAAGCUCUGCCGCUUUGGAUCGAGACAAAUGUAUGUUUCCAUAUGUUCUUAAAUCUGUCCCUUUAACCUGCAUGUGCCUCUUUAUUAUUAUGUCAACCUUUUUUAAUCUCUUACAGGUUGUUUGCACAUGCCUGUUGUAUUUUCUGACUGUUUUUGUUUAUGUCUGUGGUAAUUUCAAAGCACCAUCAUACAUAGUAUAUUUCUUUUGUUGUGCUUUAGUUCAGCACAAACCUUUUUGUGACCAAAAUGAAAAAAAUAUGUUGGAAUUCACAUUUACACAUAUUCACACAUAUGUGGGAUGUGGGGCGGGGUUUGGGUUGCACUGUAGUCGACCAAAAUCCCGGUAGGUUUUGAAAUUUCCGCCCGGACAUUUUUUUAGGUAUGAAAAGUAGGAUAUGUCCGGGAAAAAGAGGACAUCUGGUCACCGUACCAUAUAAACAAUGAGAUGUUUCAGUGAGUGCUUGUUGCUAUGAUGCGUCUUCGCUCAGCAGCUUCACUCCUUAUAAACCAACCAUGAGCAUACCAUCAAA